AUGGAUAAUGACGAUGUUGAAACUGGGUUAGAGCCUAAUUUAACGAUAAGUGAGCUUCGAGCUCCUGUGCGUUUUGUCACGGCAUUCCUGAUCAGUGACGAACGCUUAGUGGUAGUUAAAAAUCGAGAAAUUUCUGUUUUCUCGUACUUGGACGGUGGGAAAACACCUCUUUGCAGUUUGGUCACCUCUGAGACCGUUUUGGAGGCUUGCGUUUGUCCGGACCUGACUUCUAAAACCAAGUACGCGUUAAUAUUCUACCAAUCGGGUCUCGUCGAGGUACGAGAUGAAAAACUGGCGAUUAUGGACUCUACAAGACACACGAAGACUUUGGACUUUUCAGAAAAACCCUUGAUAGCGGUCGAUACGAGGUUUAACCGCUUCUUUAUAUGUUGGGAUCGCUUUUCCGUUGCUCAAGUAGAUUAUAAAGUGGGGCCACUCAGUUUCCAGCUUCCAGCAGCAGGACUGGCUCGAAAAGUGGCAUUUCGAUCGCCACAUCCAAUUGUGUCACUCGCAGCUAGCUGGAACUCAAUCGACAUGGAAGAAAUUUACAACAUUUGCGUGUUAUGUCAACCCGAAAAUGGCAAUGUGCCAGGCAUUGCGAUCUGGGAAGAAAUGGACUUGAUUCGCAACAAAUGGAAGCCGGUUUUGAAAAAUGUAGAUCUCGGAUCUUUCUCACAGGAUGCAUUCUGUGAUGCAAUAUCACUUGUUGCAAGAGACAAUUUUGGGUUUAUUUGCCUGAUGCCGAAAACGACAAUUUUUUAUGACGCGCAGAAGGCCUAUUUCUCGCAAAAGCCGAGGUGGGAUUCUUUUGAAGCAAAUUGGAGGUCGAUUUUGGAGAUCAAAAAUCCUGACUCGCGCUUUUUCCCAGCGUUGCAGCAAUCAAUGGAACAGGAGCCAAUUAUUUUUGGGUGUACAAGCGACGGGGAGUUUUUAGAUAUGAAACUCACGCAGCCUAUCAGAACCUUGACUUACUCUUUACAAAGUACCCUAAAUUUGGGCCAAGGUAACCUAGACACUGUUGACAAAUGUAUCCAUCUCCAGGGGUCUAAGUUCCUCAUAUCCACAACUACAAUGGGUCUUGUAGUCCUUGAUAUGACUGGUAAAAUAUUGUCCACUAUCCCAUGUUCGAACGAGGCGGUUUUGCAUUCAAGUAUAUCGGGGGACAGGGGUAAUUUCAUGCGCCUGUUAGUGUCUGGAGGGUCUUCUGGUAACUCAGGUUUUCUUGAAUGCACAUUCUUAGGGUGUGAAAGCUCUCCACAUUUAAAACCCUUGACUGGUACCAUAAAAAAUCCUGUGGUAGACUUCUGGUUAACAAAGCACGGUUUUUACUGGUCAGACUCCAACGGUAUGCUGCACAACAAAGACGGCCAACUUGAAGACAAAAGAGACGUGCUUUUUGUUAAUGCCGACGGUAUUGCAACGUUUCGGGAACAUGGCUUGGUUCUAGUCGAGCCUGUUGUGUUUUCUAAACCUGAAGAGCUUGUCCUUAUAAAGAGUAAUGGAACAAUCACCUGGAGUCCCAAUGGCGCCAGCUUAAACAUACCUGGUUUCGCAAAUUCGGCGUCCGCGAGUCCUUAUGUUUCCUCGGCGCAGGUUCGAAACAAAGUUAAACUUACUGUGGUUUGUUGGAAUUCGACCUCAGUGUGGUAUUUCAACACAGACUCUAGGUUGGUGCACUUGCAAGGCUUAUCGGAAGCUUGUGAUUGUCUGGUAAAGGUCUCGGAUAUUGCGACGCUGGUCAUAUUUAUUGAUGUUUUCGGUACCGUUCAGAUCUAUGGCGAGGAUGGGACAUUAUCUUUGCAAUUCAAGAUUAGCGGCCACAAUUUUUAUCUCCAGGAUCUUCCAAACUCCAACAGAUUCCUCAUCUGCUGUAUGGAUUGCGUUUUUUUGGUAAACAUUGAACCAUCAGAAAUUGCACCUUGCGAAGUCAUCUUGCCGUUGCGACUGAAGCGAAUGAAAAUCACAUCUUGUGCCCAAAUGAUAGCCUUAGGUGCUGAUUCAGUUUUGUACCAGGGAGAUAUUUCAGAACUCUUGACCACUUCUUCUAGCAUCAUCAAGAGAGUUUCUCGAAGUAAGUCCCACGUUUUCACGAAGCAUCUGACACUCCAGAUAUCUCGUCGAUUCGUCAUAACGAGCGCAUUGGCUGAAACUUAUGACACCCGUCAGGAAAAGAGUGUUUACAGCUCCGAGCUCCAAGUAUAUGAUGUGGUGGCAGGUAAGAUGGUACAGAGGUAUCGAAUUUCCCCAAUGUUUCCACAGGCAUUAAUUUCUGACCUCACUGCAGUGCCCUACCAUAAGGCUGUGCUAUGGAACAAAUAUAUGGACACCAAAACAACUUUUGCAAAACAGCUAGUUUUCGCAAAAUGUUUUCUUGUAUCACUAAGCUUGGAAUUUGCCGAGGACGAUUUACAGGAAAACCUGCUGCUGUUCAUUCUCGAUGAUGAGACGGGUGAGAUCGAAUUGCAGCUUAAAACCCGGGUAGACUUCAGCAUAACUUCGUUGCUCAACCACUCCAAUCGUAUAAUUUUUGCCGCGGGCGAAAGUAUACAGGCUCUGCAACUGGAGUAUUCGGCAAAAGAGGGGCACUUCAGCCUCGAACUCAUUUCCGCGCCUUUAGAUCUGGAUGGAUUUGCUGGAUCCUGUUUCCCCUUUUCGAAAGCUGAAACCAAACCUGUUUUUCAUGAAAUGCAACGUCAGAAUAAGCGGCAAAAAUCAAAUGAAGAGCCAGAAGUGCUUGGAGUUCACAGUUUGGUGAAAGGGAUUCAAGAACUUGAAGUGAAUGCAGAGGUUGUAGGACGUUUAAAAGCAGGAGUGCUGAGCUCAGAGCUGGAAAAGGUCACAAUUAAGCAUCGACUUGUGUCGGAGUAUAGCGAGGCUUCAAGUUGCAUAUCAGAUCUGCGUUUUUCAUCUGCCGUCAAGGUUGGGUUCGAGGAAAGCGAGGUAAAUACCACUGCUUCUUGCCUCGCUGCAGCAAACGAAAAGGGCCAUGUUUCUGUGAUGUACCGCACACCCUGUAGUGGCGAUAAGACAUAUGUCGGGGCUCAGUUCACCGGAUUGUGCGCGGUAACAGGCCUCGAGCUGGUAAACAUCAAGCCAAGAAGUCGCAGUGGGGACAGAUUAUCGAAUGUAGGUUACAAGGCGUAUGCGAAACUGCGUGACAAGUUCAUGCCCCUGGUUCUUGUUAAUACGAGUGACGGAGGGUGUUACCUGGUCAGUACCAUCACAUCAAAAGAAACCUUGAAUCAAUUCAUCGAAAGAUCCGUGGAGAACCUCGUAGCGGAACACCUGAAUUGCGAAGAAACCCACGUUUUCGGGGCAAACCACGAGCUUGCUAAUGAGGCUAAGGGCUGUAUUUUUGGAUGA